GCGAAUAGUGUCAUCUGAUUAAUAACGCAAGGUGGGACACUUAGUCUGGUCGCGGCUUGCCUUUCAGAAUUUGUGAUCGAUUUUCCCGAGUCAGUUCUUAUUAAAGUGAGUGUCCAGUCAGAAUGAAGUUCUCAACGGUGAUUUUAUUGCUUUCUGUUUCGAUUUGCCAAGUAUAUGGCGGUCAUCGAUUCGGUUAUUCACGGGCUGAACAGCGGAUGUGGUCGAGAACGCAUCAAGGAUGCUCGGGAAAAUAUCAAUCGCCAAUAGCAAUAAGCUCCGGCAAGGCAAUUCCAUUAACAAUGCCCGCUCUGGAAAUGGUGGGUUAUCAUAAUUUACUACCCGGACCGAUUUUAAUGCACAAUAAUGGACAUUCUGUAUCAUUGAGUAUCCCGAAGCAUACCAAGGAAGAAGUCGAGGGUGGUGCAUUUAUGCCAUACAUUUUCGGUGGAAAACUAAAGAAUGAGUACGAAUUCGAAGGGCUGCAUUUCCACUGGGGCGAUAAGAAUAAUCGAGGCUCGGAACAUGUAUUGAACGAUAUUCGAUUUCCUAUGGAAAUGCAUAUUAUUCAUCGCAACAAAAAAUAUGCAAAUGUGUCUGAAGCCUUGGAGCAUCCAGACGGAUUGACUGUGUUGGCUUUCUUUUAUCAGCUUAUUGAAAAUGAUGGUUCUGAACUACAAAACCUUGUCCGUAACCUUCCACAUAUUCGUGAAUACAAUCAAUCAGAGUUGAUGAAUACAACAUUCUCACUGUCUUCACUCCUUGGCAACUUAGAUACGGAACGAUUCUAUACAUACAAAGGAUCAUUGACAACUCCACCGUGUUCUGAAGCUGUUACUUGGAUCUUGUUCCCUGAUACACUCACAGUAUCUGUAUCUCAAAUGUCCAAAUUCCGCCAUCUUUCGAAUGGAGUAGAAGGAUCUGUGUUAGUUGACAAUUAUCGAGCACUUCAGCCGUUGAAUAACCGUCACAUCUUCGUUCGUAAAGUUAAUAUAAAAAGUACUCCUUUAGAGGGUCUAAAUAAAGAGAUCAGCUAUAUAAAAUGGGACUGGCUAUAUUAGGCACUUAUGUAAAUUCAUGAACUAUGAGUCACAUUUUAAGCAUAUUAAUUUGUUUGUAUGUAUAUCACAAACGAAUUUAGUCUAAAGCCAGACGUGGUCUGAUAGUGUUGGAAUGGCGAAGUCCGAUUCUUAGCGCAAAGAAUAUUAUAGCUUAGUCUAAAUUCAGAUGGUUUGAUAAUAUAAAUGUUUCUUUUUUUUUUUAAAGAAAAAAAUUAAAAUAUAAGUAAACUUGCUGUA